CCCCGCUUUUCGAACUCUCUCACUCAAAAUUAAUUAAAAAAAAGUAAAGAAUGGAUACAUCAACAACAAAUCAAACGUCAAAACCAAGUACCAAUUUUAAGAUAGUUAUAAUUUUCGGGUUGGUAAUGAUAAUAAUAAAUGGAGUAUGUGCUUCUUAUAUGUUAAGUAGAACAUUAAGUAGAUGGUACAUCACAAAGAAAAGUCUUCCCAUGGCACUUAGAGUUCCAUUCUAUAUCGCAUUAUCAGAUUUUAUAAUCUUUUCGAUAAAUUUUCCCAAUAUGUUAUAUCCAAAUAUAUAUGGAGUUCCAUGGUCAAGUUCAGUUUGUAAAGUAAUAGGAGGAGUAACAUCAUUUGCGAUAGCUAUUAAUAUGACAUUAGUAGGAUUAUUGGCAUUUUUAACAUAUUUAAGAAUAUGUCGUAAAAUGUAUAUUGAUUUAGGAAGAUAUGAUUAUAAAGGAGUAUUAUUCGUAUUAAUAACAAGUUCAACAUAUUCAUUAAUUAGUAUACCAUCAUAUGAUUCAGGAAAAUAUUGGUGUUUUACAAAUAAUAAUUCAAUACGUAUUUUACCUAUCCUUACUUUAACAUUAAAUUUUACAGUAUUAAUUAUAACAAUAUUUUCAUAUUCUUCUAUUCUCAUAGAAAUCAAUUCAAUUCGAUUCAUGAAUGAACAUAGUAAGGAAAGGAAUGAAAGGAAUGUUAAUAUUAGUAGUAAUGAAAAUAGUAAUGAAAAUAGUAUUAAUGAAAUUAGUAUUAAUGAAAAUAUUAGUAAUGAAAGUAAUGAGGAUAAUGAGGGUAAUGAGGGUAAUGAGGGUAAAAAUAAUAAUAAUGAUGAUAAUAGCAAUAACAAUAAUAAUAAUAAUAACAAUAAUAAAAAAAAUAGUUUUAUAAGUAGAACUCGUAGUAUGUUGAGUAGAAGUAAUAGUAAUAAUAAUAAUAAUAAUAAUGAGAACAAUACUACCAAAAAGAAUACUAAAAAGAUAGAACCAAUAGUUGUUAGAAAAAUUAUUGGUUACGUUUUAAUAUUUAUAAUACAAUGGACACCUCCAAUGAUUUAUGUUCUCGGUCAAAUUAUUGAUUAUGAUCCAUUAUGGGUUUAUCUUAUAACAGACGCUACGGUAAAUAUGGGUGGAAUAGGAAAUAUGAUUCAAUUCAUAAUAAAUGAAGGAUGGAGAGAUCGUUAUCAUCAUACAUCUUCAAAAGAGACUUCAACAACAAGUUCAUCAUAUGUUGGAAUAGAAACAAGCGCUCCAACACCUUCAAUUAAUAUAUUACCUCGAGUUUAUACAUCGGAUGAAUCUAAAUUUGAACUUAAGAUUAAGAUUGAUACAUCAACUAGUAUCAAUCUUGAAAAUUAUUAUUUCGAAAAUAAUGGAAAAUUACGACCUUAUUCUACUUCCACUACUUCUACAAAAGUUAGUAAUGAAGAUUCUAAUACUAUUGUUGACAUCAAUUCAGACGCCAAUACUAAAAAUACAUAAUUAAUUAGCAUAUUAACACGUAUAUAAGAGCGGUGUAUAUAUAGAUAAAAUCUAUUUUUUUUUUUAUAAAAGAAAAAA